AUGAGAUUCGAUUACUUGUGUGUUUGUAAAACAGAGCUUAAAUCUCGGAAAUUUCUUGGAGGUGAUGAUGGUGGAGGCCAUCAAUCUCUUAACAAAAACCAGAAAUAG